AGAGGCAGGGGCUGGCCUGGGAUGCGCGCGCACCUGCCCUCGCCCCGCCCCGCCCGCCCGAGGGGUGGUGGCCGAGGCCCCGCCCCGCACGCCUCGCCUGAGGCGGGUCCGCUCAGCCCAGGCGCCCGCCCCCGCCCCCGCCGAUUAAAUGGGCCGGCGGGGCUCAGCCCCCGGAAACGGUCGUACACUUCGGGGCUGCGAGCGCGGAGGGCGACGACGACGAAGCGCAGACAGCGUCAUGGCAGAGCAGGUGGCCCUGAGCCGGACCCAGGUGUGCGGGAUCCUGCGGGAAGAGCUGUUCCAGGGCGAUGCCUUCCAUCAGUCGGAUACACACAUAUUCAUCAUCAUGGGUGCAUCGGGUGACCUGGCCAAGAAGAAGAUCUACCCCACCAUCUGGUGGCUGUUCCGGGAUGGCCUUCUGCCCGAAAACACCUUCAUCGUGGGCUAUGCCCGUUCCCGCCUCACAGUGGCUGACAUCCGCAAACAGAGUGAGCCCUUCUUCAAGGCCACCCCAGAGGAGAAGCUCAAGCUGGAGGACUUCUUUGCCCGCAACUCCUAUGUGGCUGGCCAGUACGAUGAUGCAGCCUCCUACCAGCGCCUCAACAGCCACAUGAAUGCCCUCCACCUUGGGUCGCAGGCCAACCGCCUCUUCUACCUGGCCUUGCCCCCCACCGUCUACGAGGCCGUCACCAAGAACAUUCACGAGUCCUGCAUGAGCCAGAUAGGCUGGAACCGCAUCAUCGUGGAGAAGCCCUUCGGGAGGGACCUGCAGAGCUCUGACCGGCUGUCCAACCACAUCUCCUCCCUGUUCCGUGAGGACCAGAUCUACCGCAUUGACCACUACCUGGGCAAGGAGAUGGUGCAGAACCUCAUGGUGCUGAGAUUUGCCAACAGGAUCUUCGGCCCCAUCUGGAACCGGGACAACAUCGCCUGCGUUAUCCUCACCUUCAAGGAGCCCUUUGGCACUGAGGGUCGCGGGGGCUAUUUCGAUGAAUUUGGGAUCAUCCGGGACGUGAUGCAGAACCACCUACUGCAGAUGCUGUGUCUGGUGGCCAUGGAGAAGCCCGCCUCCACCAACUCAGAUGACGUCCGUGAUGAGAAGGUCAAGGUGUUGAAAUGUAUCUCAGAGGUGCAGGCCAACAACGUGGUCCUGGGCCAGUACGUGGGGAACCCCGAUGGAGAGGGCGAGGCCACCAAAGGGUACCUGGACGACCCCACGGUGCCCCGCGGGUCCACCACCGCCACUUUUGCAGCCGUCGUCCUCUAUGUGGAGAAUGAGAGGUGGGAUGGGGUGCCCUUCAUCCUGCGCUGCGGCAAGGCCCUGAACGAGCGCAAGGCCGAGGUGAGGCUGCAGUUCCAUGAUGUGGCCGGCGACAUCUUCCACCAGCAGUGCAAGCGCAACGAGCUGGUGAUCCGCGUGCAGCCCAACGAGGCCGUGUACACCAAGAUGAUGACCAAGAAGCCGGGCAUGUUCUUCAACCCCGAGGAGUCGGAGCUGGACCUGACCUACGGCAACAGAUACAAGAACGUGAAGCUCCCUGACGCCUACGAGCGCCUCAUCCUGGACGUCUUCUGCGGGAGCCAGAUGCACUUCGUGCGCAGUGACGAGCUCCGUGAGGCCUGGCGUAUUUUCACCCCACUGCUGCACCAGAUUGAGCUGGAGAAGCCCAAGCCCAUCCCCUAUAUUUAUGGCAGCCGAGGCCCCACGGAGGCAGACGAGCUGAUGAAGAGAGUGGGUUUCCAGUAUGAGGGCACCUACAAGUGGGUGAACCCCCACAAGCUCUGAGCCCUGGGCACCCACCUCCACCCCUGCCACGGCCACCCUCCUUCCCGCCGCCCGACCCCGAGUCGGGAGGACUCCGGGACCAUUGACCUCAGCUGCACAUUCCUGGCCCCGGGCUCUGGCCACCCUGGCCCGCCCCUCGCUGCUGCUACUACCCGAGCCCAGCUACAUUCCUCAGCUGCCAAGCACUCGAGACCAUCCUGGCCCCUCCAGACCCUGCCUGAGCCCAGGAGCUGAGUCACCUCCUCCACUCACUCCAGCCCAACAGAAGGAAGGAGGAGGGCGCCCAUUCGUCUGUCCGAGAGCUUAUUGGCCACUGGGUCUCACUCCUGAGUGGGGCCAGGGUGGGAGGGAGGGACGAGAGGGAGGAAAGGGGCGAGCACCCACGUGAGAGAAUCUGCCUGUGGCCUUGCCCGCCAGCCUCAGUGCCACUUGACAUUCCUUGUCACCAGCAACAUCUCGAGCCCCCUGGAUGUCCCCUGUCCCACCAACUCUGCACUCCAUGGCCACCCCGUGCCACCCGUAGGCAGCCUCUCUGCUAUAAGAAAAGCAGAAGCAGCAGCUGGGACCCCUCCCAACCUCAAUCCCCUGCCAUUAAAUCCGCAAACAGCC